CUCUUCUUUCACCAGAAAUGUACCGUACGACGUUCGAACAAGCUUCCAGAUAGGAAAUCCCGAAAUAUGUUAACGAAAUUCGAGCAGCAAAAUCAUUUUGACUACGUCAUCGUUGGUGGCGGUUGUAUGGCCUUCUUAGCCGCUCUUGCGUUGCAACGAGAGUCGCCGAACGCAAAAGUCAUUAUUUUUGAGGGCUCGGAAACGGCAAUAGCAUCGAAAGGCAUUUGCAAGAUCAUCCGUACCCUUUAUAUGGACAAUGAAUAUGUCUUAUUAGCUGAAGAGGCGAAGAAAAAAUGGAAGACUGAGCUUCCUUACCGUAACUUUUACCGUUGGACCGGGUGGGUUCAAGUGGUUCGUGGAGACAACUACGUACCUUUCCACCCAGGAGAGCGAUCAAUUAAGGCGGAGGAUUUAUUACAUAUAGUUCGCUCUCGGGAUCCGCCCCAGUUGGACAUUGCGGAGAAAUUGUGGCUCAACGAAGAUAUUGGACUGGCCGACUCGGCCCUUGUCUUGGAAGCAGUAGCUGUAGAAGCCGCGGCCCGAGGGGUGAUGCGCCAAAAAACGGAUAUCUCCAAGCUUCUUAUUGAGAAUGGUGUCUGUCACGGAGUUGAGUGCAUCGACGGAAGAAGCAUCGUGGCGGAAACGACGAUUGUAGCUACAGGCCCCUGGACUCCAGCACUCCUGAAAAGCUCGAAUGUUCAACUACCGCAUGAUUUCCAGAAUGGUUUCUUCAGUGUCACCGCCAUCGGCGUCGCGACACUCUCACUUACCGAAGAUGAAUAUGCCAAAUUCAAGUCAAUGCCGAUUUUGGUCACUGAUCAGGGAGAAGUGAUGCCCUCAGCUGAUCAGCAAAAAAAACUUCAGACAGAGAGAAUCAAAAUAAAUCGCGCUUUGUUAGAGAAGAUGAUGCCGGAGAUGAAAGGAAGGCCAUUAAGUUAUUCUAUAUGCCCUGAACUUAUGACACCUUACCAACAUCUUCUUGUGGAUAAGGUACCAGGAGCUCAAGGGCUGCACCUCGUAGUAGGUGGUUCGUAUCACUCGUUCAAGUUCUUGCUAGUGAUUGGAGAUAUCAUAGUUGAUUACCUCCGGGGCACGCGACGUGGAGUGUCGAAAAGAUGGGCUUGGGAUAGAUCUGAGGAAAAGAUAUCUGUCUAUAGAGAGGUAUUGCCGAAAGGUUCAAGUUGAAUGUGAGCUCUACAAAAUCAGGCUAAGCAAAUUACAAACUUUCCAUCGAUAUUGUCUACCAUCCUUUCCUACCACCUAGGGUCCAGAUCCUGUACAUCUUGAUUCUCCCAUUCUUGACGCUGCUAAUGCCGUGUCCGUCUAACGAGAGAACAAACAUCGUCGACAUUCUCAGAUGUGUCAGCAGCAUUUAUAUACCAUUGUUUGAGUGAAAAACUUACGGACUUAUUGUCUUCUAUAAUGCGAUCCAAGUAUUUGACGAGUGUAUUAUAAUC